AUGAAGAUGCCACUGGAUGUGAGUAGCGACAUGUACGGAGGAAGUGAUCAACUUGCAAAACUUAGCAGCACAGUCAUGAAGUGUAUUGCAAUAGGUAAUUUUAUGCCAUCUUUGGGCCCCAUGGAUGAUAAAGAUAUAUUCACCAAUAUAAUAGCCUUGGGUAUUCUUAUAAUCACCGUGAUUGUGAAUGUUUGCAUCCAAUUAGUUACUUGUACAAUUCCCAAUUCAAUACUAGUAGAACAUGUUCUAGUUAAUUUUUUCAUGCUUCUGUUGUUGGUAAUAUCAACUUUCUCGGCGGUUACAGUUGCUACCGCUAAAAAAUAUCUAGAUUUGAAGUAUAGUGAAAUACACAAAGAAGCUUUAAGAGAACAAAUUGGAAAGAAAAUUACAAUUGAAAAACUGAAAGAAAAUGUCAACAAGUACUGGAUGAUGGCAAAAACUGGGAGCCCCCAGUUUAUGAUGGCACGUUCUGUGACCUGCUCUGCUUCAGGGGUGAUCUGUCUUAUGACUGCUCUAAUUUUAGCACAACUUGAGUAUCGAGUGUGGGAUUUUGCUGCAAUCGGGGAAUCAGAUUAUACGUGGUCAACAUUUUUUAUUUUUGUAAUUCAAACUGCUACAGUGGGUGUGGGGAUCAUUGGUCCGAUAUGUAGAUGGUUCACUGCCAUUAAAUUCAAAUGCUCCAAGAAAAGUACCAAAGGCUUCAAAACUGAGCUCAAACCAAAGAGUUAUUGGAUUAAGAGGUUGGAAGAAUGGAAGAAGAGCUCUAUAGUUCUUCAAAUCCGUGGUCUGAAAUUGAGAAAACUUGUCCAGCGCACCAAAAAUCUAGUUUUGAACUUGUGUAUAAUGAUUCAGGUUAUGAUUGUGGUAACAAGCAAAUUAAAUCUUCUCAUUCCCCUUUUUUUUGUUCGCCGGCUCAUGUUAUGUUACUGCUGUUGCUACAAUUUGUUUAAAGAGCCUGUACAUAACUCAACAUCCCCAACGAAGUCGGAUAAUGUUUUGCUUCUUGAAGGUGAAGUGGAACUUACUGAAAGUACCUUGAAGAACAUUAGUAAAGCAGCAGGUCAUUUCAUCAUCAAGGCCAACAAACAACAGCGCAAAAAUUUAAUCGAGCUUCUUCAACAGAAAUCUACAGGUGGCUUUGAAAGCAUAUUAGACUUUCACAGCGACCAAGUUCCAUCAUUAGAUUUUCAAGAACCUCUUAAUUGCUGGGCUUUGCCAUUGGUGACUCUAACUUGCAUCGCUAUUGCAAUUUCCUAA